CUGGAGAUCAAGCUGUCUGAUUAUGCUGAGCAGAUCCGAAACCUACAGAAGGUGAAGGAGAAGCUUGAGAAUGCUCUGGAGACACACCAGGACUGUAUGUACCACUUGGAAUCCUCAAGUCCAUGGGCCUUCCUGGCAGCCCGCUGGGAAAUCACGUGCGCAAAUAUGGGCGGGCAGAGGAAAAUGCGCCACUUUUGCUUGGGGCCGGGCCAGGGCGUGGGUGUCCGGACCUCCCCCGGGGGCUUGCCCCGUUCCCCUCUGGGGCCCCUCGGGUUGGGCGUGGAGGAAGGCGCAGCAGCACUGAGUGGGCAGCGGCAGUGGGCCCAGGAGAUGGAGGAGUUGUCUUCUGCCUGCCCCGUGAAGGCACGAGGGUGCAUGCCCGCCUGUCAGCUUCCUUCUCGACCUCGGAGCUCUCACAGUUCCAGGGGCCUUGGCAGGCUGAGCCUCACCCUCCCACUGCCGCCUCAGGUGCCGUGGAGGCCUGUGGCCUUGGGCCGCAGGGUCUAGUUGGGGCGAUGUCUUUUUAAAAGAUGUGCUUUGCUCAGGGGGAAGAAGCGGGUUGCUCGUUUUGACUUCAGGAGUGAAAAAUGUCAAAUAGCAGCACUGUUUCUGCCUGAUUUGUAACGAACAAAGGAACUGUUGUAUGUUGGCUGGAGCCUAGUGCCAGACAUGAGGGAGCUGGCACUGCGAAACCUUUAUCUCCCCUCUCUCUGUUUUGUAGAUAACUUUAAAGCAGCUCUUUCUCCCUUUCCCACAAGUGAUUGACCAGACAAAUGUAGAUUCAAGACUCGUUCAUUUGGACAUUCUGGCUUCUGCAUUCUGCUGUUCAGCUAAAAAGGCUUAAACCUGUCUCUGUGUUUGUUUUAUUAUUAAGCUUCUAUAUCUCACUAAUAGUCCCAUAGGAUUCUCUAGGUAGUUUAUAGUAACAAUUUACAACAACGAAAUAACAAAAUUAUAAGCAUGAUAUACCGAUAAAAUGGCAACAAUAAACAGCAGAUAACAUACCACAAUAUAACGAUAAAACCACAAUAAGCAACAAUAUGCAGUGAUACACAGCUAAGUGUUAAGGCUUGAUAGAUUAAAACUAAAUACUGCAUAAAAAUUAAUUUCUCUAAAAGUUUGCACAGUAAAAUCAAUUACUACAGUGUUUGGAAAAUAACACUGUCUUUGCCUGGUCCCAAAAUAUUGUCAUGAAGGCGCCGGGCAAAUUGCUCUUGGGAGGCUGUUCUGUCGGCGAGGAGGUCAGCCUUUUUAGAAGGGCCUCCGCGUGUGACCUUACGGGCCAGGUAGGUACACACGGGAGCAGGCAGUCCCCCAGGACCCCCGGUCCCAAGCUGUUCUUGGUUUUAUAUGUUAAGGCAAACCCCUCAGAUUGGACCCAGAGCUCAACUGGUGACCCAUGAAGAUGGUGUAAUACUGGAGUCACCUGGGUGCACGGUCCUGCUUCACCUGCCCUCACACCACCCCGUUCUGUACUGGCUGAAGUUUCCGGACCAUCUUCAAGGGCAGCCCCAUGUUAGAGAUGUCCAGUUGAGAGGUUACCAGAACGUGGAUGGCUGUGACUAGGCUCUACCUGUCCAGCCUUUGUGAAGAAGCUCCAGGAGCAGAAUGAAGCCCGUCAGGCGAACACAGCCAAGAUGGCGGAAGGCAUGGCGCUGGCGCUGGAGAAGAAGGACCAGGAAUGGCGAGAGAAGCUGUCGCACGUUGAGAAGGAGAGGAAGCUCCUCUCGGUGCAGCUGCAGGAGAUGCGGGAGAAGAGCCUGAGCCUCUUCCAGAAAAGGGACGAGAGGGACGAGCUGGAAGGCUUCCAGCAGCAGGAGCUGGCCAAGGUCAAGCACAUGCUCUUACAGAAGGAGGCGUCCCUGGCCCAGGUGGAGCAGGAACUGGGGUCUUCCACUCAGGAGCUGACACUUGCCCGGGAGGAGCUGCAGGCCUCGCGCACCCUGGCCAUGCGCCUCACGGCGGAGCUUCAGGAGCUGCAGCGCCAGCACGCAGACUUGCAAGUGGAGAGGGAUGAGCUCCUGGACACGGGGGAGAGUGCCAAAAGCAAGAUCACCGCCCUGGAGCAGCGGGCCCACGAGCUGCAGGCAUACAUCCAGCAGCUGUCAGUGGAUCUGCAGAACGCACAGGUUGCCGCCUCCAGCUGUGAGAAGCAAUUGGGACCUUUGCAGGCUGAACAUGAGUCCCUGAAGCUGGAGUACGAAGGGCACAAGCAGAAGAUGCUUGCGGAAAUGGAGGAGAAAGACCGGCUGGGGAAAGCGGCAGCCCUGGAGAAGCGCUUCGAAGGGAGCCUCUCCGGCGACGAGCACGUUCGGGAGCUGCUGAGGGAGAAAAGUGCGCUGGAGCAGAGGCUGGAGGAGGGCAGGCAGCAGCUCUCGGGGGCGCAGGCGAGGCACGCGGAGAGUGUAGCCCUCCUGGAGGCGCAGAUCAACCAGCUGAGGAGCCAGCUGGCCGAGGGGCAGGCGCGCCUGAGUGAGGAGCAGGCGCUUGUGCAGGGCCUCCGGGAGAGCAGCGCGCGGCAGCUGCAGGAUCUCGAGCAGUCCCUCCAGCUCGCCCGCGAGGCUGCAGCAAAACAGGCAGAGGAGCUCGACGAGCGAGAACUGCGGAUCCAAGAGCUGCAACAGGCCCUGGAGCUGGAGCGGGCCAGGGCGCAGGAGGGCCUCUCCGUCGUGCGGCGCCAGUGUGCAGAGCAGGUGGGGGGCCUGAGGGAGCAGCUCGCCGCGCUGGAAGGAGCCCGCGAGUCGGAGAGGACGGCUGCCCAGCGCCAGCGCGAGCAGUUGGAGAGCAGAAACGAAGAACUGAAGGACAGAUGCAGCAACUUAGAAAACUCAUUAAGGGCCUGCGAGGCUGAACUGGAAAGACUCAAGGCGGAACUGGGCAGCAGCGCCAAACCCACUGAAAGCUCGGAGGAGAGGCAGAAGCACCAGGGGCGGCUGCAGCAGGAGGUUGCCGACCUCACCUCAUUGCUAAAGGAGAAAGACCGGCUGCUCGCGGAGAAAAGGGACGCGCUGCCGAAAGAGGAGGAGGAGCUGGAGCGGAUCAGGCAAGGCCGUGAUGCGGCUCUGCUGCAGAUGCGGAACUUGCAGUCCAGCCUCGAGGCCUGCCAGUGCAAGGCGGCGGAGCGGGAUGCUGUGGCAGAGGAGCCGGUGAGCGUCCUGCGGGCGCAGCUGCAGGCGCAGCAGGAGCGACUGCUGGCCAGCGCGGAGCAGGCGGCUGUGCUGGAAGACGCACCUGCGGCCCGGAAGACGCACCUGCCUCCCUCCGACGCGGGCGAAGGCGAACCAAAUGGGGAGGUGGCUGCCACUGACGUCGCCCAGCUCCAGAAGGAGAACCGGGAGCUGGAGCAGCAACUUGCCGAGAAGAGCAAGAUGAUCAAGCAGCUGCAGCAGAGGAUGGCCGAGCUAAAGAAGACCCUGCAGAAAGAGCUGAAAAUCCGACCCGACGGCGAGGCCCCUGAAGCACCUGCUGCCACCUUGACUGUGACAAACAACUCCGACUUGAACGACUCGCGCGAGAUCAACUUCGAGUACCUGAAGCACGUGGUGCUGAAAUUCAUGUCCUGCCGGGAAUCAGAGGCGUUCCAUCUGAUCAAAGCUGUGUCCGUGUUGCUGAACUUCUCUCAAGAGGAAGAAAACAUGCUCAAGGAAACUUUGGAGUACAAGAUGUCCUGGUUCGGGUCAAAGCCGUCUCCCAGGGGCAGCAUCCGACCCUCCAUCUCGAGUCCGAGGACGCCCUGGUCGUGAGUGGCCCAGGAAGUGCGCCAGCCCGCCUCCAGCAGCGGUUUUUCUAUGAAAAGGAUGCUACGCCCACCCACUUGCGGCGUUUUGAGCACUGUCGCCACAGUAUUUUGUACAAGAGUGUUGAAAAAGUUGUUUACCAAGCCGUGCUGUCAAAGGUGUCCUUUCCGGCAGCUGCACCCCAUUCCCUGGGGGGGCCAACAGAUGUCAAGGUGGGCCAUGCUGGGCCUGCUCCUGAGGCCUCCUGGAGUCCGAGGGCGACGCUUGUGGCAGCUGUGGCGCCCUCCUGCCUGGGCAGGGCUCUCCACCCACGUGUGGCGAGUGAGAGGGGCGUGUGCCGCACUUGGGGCGUUAAACCCCCUGGGACGGGGAGCCCGUCUGUCAUUUCCGGCUUCGCACGGCUUCACGCGGCUGUACCUGGUGGUGCAUUCAACCUGCGCUGGAAGCAGCGCCCACAUCCUCCAGCCAGGAGAGCACAACUUUCUACAGACUUGGCUGGCUUUAUUUUUCUUAAAGAAAAAUAAUUUUAAAUGGUCUUUACGACAAUAUUUUUGCCUUUUUAAACUAACGUGUGAAUGUGUAACAGUAAUUGCAAAUGGAGAGAGGAAAGCAGCCUUCAUUCUGAGAUUGAGAAUUGACACUUGUGUUAGAACAAGGCAUCAAAAUCUUCCUGCCUUGAGGAGGUUGCUACCAAAAGCAGCCCAGUUUGUUCUGCAGCUGAAUUUGCGUUGAGGGCGAGGGGCUGCAGCGGAGGGGCCGCUGGGCGCCUUGCGCUCUGGCAACAAACAUAUCUAUCCUUCAGCCACUCCAUUCGCUGCUACGGAAGGAUCACCAUAACCCAGACGGCCUCUCGAACGGAUGGCUUGGCUCAUACAAUCACCAUUUCUUUUUAGCACUACACGAGGGCAGUGGCUCGUUUAUUAGCAAGCAGAAACUGCGCGGCUGGCCACCAGUUUAGCCGAGAUAUUUUCCCCCAUUCAUACUGAACCAAAAAACCCACAUCCCGGCCAACUUGCCCUGUACACGGCAUUGAGCAACCACGCGAGACGGACCACAGUUCUGUUCCAUGGCAAACUGCUAAGCAACCGUGUUUUCACCAGCUGCUUACUAAGAUCAUCGGGCUGCCUUGUCUGUCUUACUAAGAGCAUGGAGCAGAUGCUCCUAACGGUUGGCACUUCAGCACUUCCCCAAGGUGUACGUUCCCGAGUGCCGGUUCUGAGGAAUUGUAUUGAAACUGUCAUUAGUGUUGGCUUAUUGUAAGCUGUCAGAGCAAGAACUGAGGUGUGUAUAUUCAUGUACUCAUAGCAACAAAUGCACUUUUUUGCCUUGUACAAAGAAAACACAACUCAAUGGGUGUGUAUACAGCGAAGAAGCCUGCACGAGCCCUGGCUCGUCCACUCCUGUGUACAUACGGGGCCGUGCAAGGUAAUGGCUUGUAGAGACCUAAUCUGUGGUGCAAUACAAUUUUGAUCAAAACUCAA